AUGGCCAUUCCCAAAGCGCCACCGUCAAUUCAUGUUCCUGUAGCUUAUUCGUAUUCGAACAAUAAUUUCAUUUUAUUGGGAUUAAUAUUAGAAGAAAUCUGGUAUUUACAAUGGGAAUCGAUUAUUCAACGUCAAUUAUUUGAUCCUUUGGGAAUGAUCACAGCAGGAUUUGGUUCACCAAUUCAACAGAUACCAUUGAAUUCAUUUGCUACUCAACCAUUAGGUCUAUACAUGGAUACAACCGGUGUGAUACAUAGUAUUGAUUUUGAUAAUCCGGAGACUUGA